AUGGCCGACCGUAAGAAAGUGAUGAACGAAAUGGGAGAUAAAAUGGACGACAACGCUAAGAAAUGUGAAGACCUGAAAACAACCGUUGAAGGCAAACUAAAGAACAUCGAGGAAGUGACUGACGAUUUGGAAAACACUGAAAUCGAUGACAUUCCUGCAGUAGUGGAAGAGGUAGAAUAUAAAAAUCCAGUCGUUCAAGAGCCGAAAGUUGAUCGAGAAGAUGGUAUUAUCGAAAUCACGAAUGAACAAAUUUCUCAGGAGCAUUUAGAGGAAAUUCAGGUGGAGCCCGAAGUGGCUAGUUCUGAUCAGAAACUGUGCUUAGUUGAGGAAAUAACUGAUUCAGUUGUCUCUGAAGGAGAUGAUGUGGGUAAAACUGAUAACUCUUGUGAAAACUUACCAGUGGCGAAAGAAGUCGACUCUGUGAAAGAGACAUUAACAGCAGCAAAAGUGAAGGAAGGGGUGAUUUCCGGAGCGACUAUUGUGAUAACUGAAGAAUGGUCGGUUGCUGAUAAAACUGUGAGUGAUAAAAUCGAAGACAUCACUAGGCCAGUGGAACAUGAGUAUGUAACUAUGCAGAAAAAUGCGCAAAAUCUGCUUGAAUCAGCGAAAACUAAACCCGAAAUAAUGCUCAGAAGGAAAGCUGUGGAACCGGAAUUAGAAAAAGUAGUUUGUUUGAGUGAAGAAUCAUCAGAUUCUGAGUGCAAUGGGCCAACUAGCGAUAAACCGGUACAUGAAUUGCCAGCAUUAGAUGAAGACGCCAAUUUAAUUCAAAUCGCUACGGAAGUUGAGCAAUUUUCAGACCCAGAAUUGCCAAUAGAAGAAAACAUUCCCAUCGAAGAAAAUGUGCCAGCCGAAGCUCAGCCUGAUGUAGAAUCAAUAAACGCUGAAUCGAAUUUGGAGACGCUUUUAGCAGUGGCGUCAUUACAGAACGAAUCUGUUGUUGACACCACCAGAGAGCAUCGACGGUUAAGCGAAAAUGAAAUUAGGGAAAAGGAAGCCAUCUAUAAUAGACAAGCGAACUUACUGAGGAACGAGCGGGAGCAGCAGUAUCUGUUCGAUGCCAAUGAGGCCGAGAGCUGGAUGAGCGAGCAGGAGCUCUACAUGAUGGUGAAAGAUCGGGGCAAAGAUGAGACCAGCGCCAGGAACUUCAUGAAGAAGCACGAAAGUCUGGAAGCGGCCGUUGAAGCUUAUGCGGACACCAUCAGAGGACUGGGUGAAACUGUAAAGGGGCUGUCGGCUGAAGGGCAUCCUUUGGCCGAGCAGAUCGCUGUUAAACAGUCGCAACUGGACAAGCUGUAUGCCGGACUGAAGGAUUUUUCCGAUUCCAAUAUACCCGGAACCGUCGGGGCAGCAAGCCGCCCCGACGGCGCAGAAGAGGGCACGGAAGAGAAAGUGGUGGAGGAGUCAGUCUCCUCCAGCGAUCGCGAGUCAGCUGAGGGGCCCGCUAAUGCGAAAUACAUCCCAAUUGCGUCCACAGAGGGCGAAGGCCCGGUGGCCGACUCUUCCGACGACGAACGGUUUAAAAGCCCAAACCGACGAAACGGGAGACUAGAAACUAAGCUCGUGUCCUCCAGUGAGGACGACUAA